AUGGAUUCGACCGUUUUGAAUGGUUAUGUGCUAUUAUUUUGCUCUUGGGCCUUAUUUGUGUUUGGUCUCAUGAGUGUGUUUGGGUUUAUUGAUAUUCCUAUAUUGGUAGACGGAGAUAGUUCUCCUAUUCAUGCAUAUUAUCCUUGUUUAAUAAUUUUGACGGUUACAGUUGCCUUCUUUAUAUGGCUUUUUUUCAACUGGCUUGGCCUAAAAUACUUUCGACAUUCACCUAGCGCCAUGCGUAGGUAG